AGCGACAACCCCAUCGGUAGUCGUUGCGUUGCGUUGUGCGCGAGUAAACCGAAAAAUCAAAAUGUUGUUCUACCUAAUUCUGCUAGCCAUCUCGCUUGGCUUUUACGCAAUGGGUAAGCGGUACGCUUACUGGAAGCGUCGGGGAGUUCCCUACGCAGAAGCUGGCUUCCCGUUUGGCAACCUCAAGGGCAUGAGGAAGCGCCAUUUGGCGCUGCUUGUGCAAGAUGUGUACGUGCAACUCAAAGAUAGUGGAAAGAAGUUUGGCGGAAUGUUUUUCUUCAUUAAUCCUGUGGCUCUGAUCUUGGAUUUGGACUUCGCAAAAGACGUUUUCAUUAAAGACUUCCAGUAUUUUCACGACCGUGGAAUUUAUAGCAAUGAAAAGGUCGAUCCAAUCACGGCUCAUCUGGUUUCAAUGGAAGGCGUCAAGUGGAAGAAUCUACGCGCCAAGUUAACACCAACCUUCACCACGGGUAAGAUGAAGAUGAUGUAUCCCACUGUUGCAGCGGUGGCCGAAGAGUUCCGCAAAUGCAUGCUGGUUGAAGCGGAAAGUGGCGGAGAGGUUGAAAUGAAAGAGUUUCUAGCGAGGUUUACUACUGAUGUUAUUGGGACUUGUGCCUUCGGUUUGGAGUGCAACAGUUUGAAGGACCCGGAAGCAAAGUUUAGACAAAUGGGAAGGAAAGCUUUGGCCUUAACUCCUAUGGGAUUUCUACGACGAAUUCUCAGCUUUACUUUUAGGGACCUGGCAAAAGCGCUGAACGUUCGAAUAUCCGAUCCAGAUGUAGCGGAUUUCUUUAUGAAUGCAGUGCGAGAAACGAUCGAAUACCGUGAGAAAAAUAAUGUUCGUAGGAAUGAUUUUAUGGAUUUGUUGAUUAAGCUCAAAAACGAUCAGCCUAUCGACGAUGGUAGUGAGGAGCGACUGGGAAGGUUGACGUUUAAUGAGAUAGCCGCGCAGGCGUUUGUGUUUUUCCUGGCAGGUUUUGAAACAUCAUCCACUGCAAUGUCUUAUUGUCUGUACGAAUUGGCACAAAACCAGGAAUUGCAGGAAAAAGCCAGACAAGAUGUGGAGAGUGUUCUGGCCAAACAUGAGGGUGCUAUGACUUACGAGGCAGUUCACGAAAUGAGAUAUGUUGAAAACUGUAUUAACGAAUCACUUCGCAAAUAUCCUCCAGUGCCAAACAUUUUACGUAACACCAACAAAAGCUACCACGUCUCGGAUAUGAACGUUACUCUGGAAAAGGGUUACCGUGUGUUGCUGCCCAUUUAUUCGAUCCACCACGAUGCCCGUUACUAUCCGGACCCGGAACGGUACGAUCCGGAGCGCUUCAAUGCGGAGCUAACGGCCAAACGUCACCCGAUGGCAUUCAUUCCGUUCGGCGAGGGACCGCGUAUUUGCAUUGGCUUGCGCUUCGGUAUGAUGCAGGCACGGGUUGGAUUAGCCUGUCUGUUGCGAAACUUCCGCUUCAAGCUAUCGCCCAAAACUCCACGGGAGCUACGGUUUAUCGCAUCCAAUCCGUUGCUCGCUUCCGAGGGUGGACUGUGGUUGCACAUUGAGAAGCUGUGAUGGGGGUUGAGGAUAAAUUUUAUUGGAAGUGCUCGAAACAGACGGAAAAAAUAUUGUCUAUUUAGUCAGUUGAGGAGUUGCUAUGUUAACAUUUCUUUUCAAUAAAGACUUUAAUUAUCAAAACAUUAA